AAACCACCUUGGGAACUUUACUCACAAUGGGUUUACCCUCCAUUAAAGCCGUUGCUCAAAUUUCCGGCGCUUCAUUUUGAGUGACUUUCAGCUCUUGUGGCGAGCAAUCCUUUUUCUAUGAACCUUCGAAGUAGUUGCUCCUCGUCAUGCCCUAGAAGAAGCUGGUCCGAGUGAAUAUGAGGAAGAUGGUGUUAAAUCCUUGGUACGUUUGAGAGUUUUAAACGAGAAUUAGGGCAAGGGAGCCAUGAUAAUACUUCUUGUGAUGGAUUGUGGGGCAUAGUGGGGAUACGGGGAACUUUGAGAAGGGGAAUUGCAGAGAUAGUUUCGGAGGAAUGGAGAAGCGCAUGGGUGAUUUGGACUUACUUUCGUGCCCUAUCUGCAUGGAGCCGUGGAGCUCUGAUGAUGCUCAUAGGAUCUGUUGUCUUCCUUGUGGGCACUUAUUUGGACACUCAUGCAUAGAAACAUGGAUUCAAAGAUGUGGGAGAUCUGACGGGAAGUGUCCACAAUGCAACAAGACAUGUAAAGUCAAAGAUAUAACAAAGCUCUAUGCCCCGCGUAUUGCCGUUGCUGACAAAGAUUGCAAACAGGAAAUGGUCACUCUUCGGGUCAAAAAUGAAUCUCUUGAGUUGCAGGCUCAAGAACUUUCUGAGGAAAUUGAUCGGCAUGGAACCCAGAUGUUAGAAAAGGAGCAACUGCAUGAAGCAUUGAUGCAGUCUCAAAGGACUGUCUAUGAAGGGACUAUCACUGAGCUCCGAGAGUGGAUUACGCAAAUGCAGUUUGCACAUGAGGAGCUUCUUCAAUCUAAGGAGACCAAGUUAAUUGCGGAGAUUGAUGAUCUUAAUUGUCGCCUCACAGAAAUGAAAAAGACCACGGCUCAACAACUUUAUGAGGAAAUUGAUCGGCAUGGAACCCAGAUGUUAGAAAAGGAGCAACUUCACGAAGCAUUGAUGCAGUCUCAAAGGACUGUCUAUGAAGGGACUAUCACUGAGCUCGGAGAUUGGAUUACGCAAAUGCAGUUUGCACAUGAGGAGCUUCUUCAAUCUAAGGAGACCAAGUUAAUUGCAGAGAUUGAUCAUCUUAAUCGUUGCCUCACGGAAAUGAAAAAAACCACGGCUCAACAACAUUCUGAGGAAAUUGAUCGGCAUGGAACCCAGAUGUUAGAAAAGGAGCAAUGUCACAAAGCAUUGAUGCAGUCUCAAAGGACUGUCUAUGAAGCGACUAUCACUGAGCUCCAAGAUUGGAUUACACAAAUGCAUUAGCACAUGAGGUGUUUCUUCAAUCUUAGGAGUCAAGUUGAUUGCAGAGAUUGAUGAUCUUAAUCGUUGCCUCAUGGAAAUAAAAAAGACCACGGUCCAAAAUCUCACCUUUAUCUUUUACAGUAUAUAGCAUGUACUAAACACAAGGGCCAUCCACCAUCCUGCUUGUUGACAGAUCGUGGAAAUGAACCAUAGUUCCAUUUAACGAAGAAUUUUGGAUUGUGAAGUUGGAGAAGUGUUCAUCUCCACCUCCAUCUUCAAUAGUGGAUGGUCGAUGGCCCUUUAUGUGGGGUGUAACAUACAUAAACUAUGAUAGAGUAUAUAUGUUGCAAAGAGUUUGUAAAGAGUUUUCCUUUAACUUGACUGAAAUCUGUGUAACCAUGGAUCAUAGAUGUUGCAAAGAGUUUGUUGAAAUUUGGAUGGGAUAAAAAUUUGCAUUGGGAUAAAA